AUGCUUCUGGCAGCAACUGCCACCGCUGGCGGCCCCCACAAAGUUACCCAGGAUGAAUACAACGACUGGGAAGGUUGCCUGCAGAACCUGCUGAAAUCCUUUGAUGAGGGUGAAACCGGCGAUAGGGCUCCUUGCGACUACUGGAGCUGCCUCCAUGUUCAGGCUAGCAAGCAUGAUCGAGGUGGUAUUCUUACUGGAGCAUCCAAUGUCCUUACUGGUGUCUGUGGCGUUGACAAUGUGGCUAGCCAUCUCCUGGGCUGGGUGGGCAUCCACAUCUAA